AUGCAUAAUCUGGCUAGAAGUUGUUUGAGCUGGCAACUGAAAAUGAGUAUCAGAAACAAGGGGUUACCAUGGUUGUCUUAUAACAACCAUCGACUGCUACAAGCUCAACAAACAUCCCAGGAACAGACAACAACAUUGGCUUCAGCAAACUUCAGCACAUGGCUUCCAUUGAGACCAUAUGUUAAAGGAAAUCCAACAGUUACACUAAAACAAGUGCAACAUAACUCACUGAGUAAUAUCAGCAGGACAGAUGUGGUUCGGCAUUCAUCUAAUGUUCCAUUAACGAGGGAGCGAUAUCAGAGCCACGUGAAAAGAGGGCCAUUUGCUGUCCUUAGUGACCUAGACAUUUCAUCAUUUGAAAAGAUUCUACCAGGCCGUGUGGUUACAGAUAGGGAUGAGCUUCUUUACAGUAACACUGACUGGUUAAAAACGGUUAGAGGUGAGAGCAGAGUUCUGCUGAAGCCAAAGACCACAGAGGAAGUGUCAGCUAUUGUCAAAUACUGCUCCGACCGUAACCUGGCUAUCAACCCCCAGGGAGGCAACACAGGGAUGGUUGGAGGCAGUGUUCCUGUGUUUGAUGAGGUCAUCAUUAGCACCCAGCUCAUGAACAAAGUCAUUAGUUUGGAUACUGUUUCAGGUAUACUUGUCUGUCAGUCUGGUUGUAUCUUGGACAACCUGUACAAGCAUGUCGAGGAGCAUGGCUUGACGAUGCCUGUGGAUCUGGGUGCUAGAGGAAGCUGUCACAUUGGAGGCAACGUUGCCACAAAUGCUGGAGGCAUUCAUGUGCUGAGGUACGGCUCCUUGCAUGGAUCAGUCUUGGGCAUCGAAGCAGUUCUCCCAGAUGGUCAGAUCCUGGACUGCUUGUCCACUCUGAGGAAGGACAACACUGGCUAUGAUUUGAAGCAGUUGUUCAUUGGGUCAGAGGGUACCCUGGGUAUCAUUACUGGGGUCUCCAUUCUGUGCCCCCAACAACCACAGGCUGUUUCAGUAGGCUAUCUAGCUUGCGAGUCAUUCAGUCAGAUUCUUGAAGUUUUCAAGGCAUGCAGAGCUCACCUUGGAGAGGUGCUGUCAGCGUUUGAGUUCAUGGACAGUCAGUCGCUGGCACUUAUCAAGGAAAACAUGAACAUAGAAAACCCUUUGCCAGAGUACCCCUUCUAUGUGCUUGUUGAGUGCAGCGGUUCCAACGGCCGACACGACGAAGAGAAGUUGAUGUCCUUGUUGCAGCUUGUGAUAGAUGAUAACAUAGCAGUUGACGGAACCAUAGCAACAGAUUUAACAAAAGUCAAGAACAUCUGGAGGUUGCGGGAGGCCUGCCCUGAAGCUCUGAUGUUUGAUGGCUAUUGCUACAAGUACGACAUUUCCCUGCCAUUGUCUGUGUUCUACCAGCUGGUUGAGGACAUGAGAGCUCGGCUGAAAGAUCGAGUCAUCAGAGUGGUGGCGUACGGCCAUGUUGGAGAUGGCAACCUCCACUUGAACAUCACUGCCAAGGAGUAUAAUGAGGAAACUAUGGCGCUCAUCGAACCGUUCAUCUACGACUGGGUUGCCAAAUACCGCGGAAGUGUCAGCGCCGAGCAUGGGCUUGGCUUCAAAAAGAAGAACUUCAUCUAUCACAGUAAGACUCCUACGGCUGUGGCGCUGAUGGCCUUGAUCAAAAAGACUGUGGAUCCAAAGGGUAUUAUGAACCCAUACAAACUCUUCCCUGACGAGUUGCGGACAUAA